AUGACUGGGCAGCCCCGCGAAAUGGAGGGGUCCGCCUUGGCGGGAAUUGGUUCUCCCUGCAACGCGUGUACAUCCCUCGGAGGCUCUUGCUUGCUGGCUUUUUCAAACUCCCGUGUUUCGUCUUUUCAGCGUGGAAACGACCGAAGUUGUUGCACAGAACGUGAUCGUCAGCUUUCUGUGCCGCCUGAUUGCCACGAGCCCGGCCCAAGCUGCGCUACUGCCGUCGUUGGCGGGGCGGAGAAUGACCACAGCAGCUCCUGUGGGGCCAGAAGCAUGAAUGUAGACCACUUUCCUCCUGUUGGAAUGUGUGAUGUGGAACAUGUCAAAGUACUGGUUGUUGGGGGUCAACGUUUCGUUGCUUCUGUUUCCACUCUAAGCCGUUCCAGUACCCUUCGACGUCUCCUACAGAGAGAUAUUCUCAUUCAACCACAUGGAACAGAGUCCCGUAGACACCGCGGCCAGUCACAGGAACGUGGAGGCAAUGCAGAAUGCUCUGCAGCCAGAGGAGAUUCACACCGAGCCGUGGAUACCGGCGUGUGCACGUCGGACCCUCACGCCGCCACCAGUAUUGCGAGGAGUAUUUUCAUUGACCGUGACCCACAGCACUUCCAACUGGUUUUAGAAUACCUUCGUAACGGACAGGUGAAUGUCCGCGAAGCAUUUGGUGGACAGGAACCGUCGAGGGAGUUGUGGAGGACCCGAGUGUUAUCCGCUAGCGAAGACCGAGAGUUUCCGCCGGGUUUCGACGGCCGACGACUCCAUCGGCAGCAGUCAGUGAACAAUCCUGAACGACUCGGCCCCAACUGUGCCGCUUCUCCGUCGCUUGUGAGCUUGCGGCGCGAGUUUGACUAUUUUGGCCUCGAAUGGCCGAGCCGCUGCAUCCGGUGUGAUGCCUUAUUCGAUCCUUCCCGAUGCCAGCCGCGGCAUCAUCAGCCACAUGGUCUCAUGACCAGCGGCCUUGCGCGACAGGGUCAGUCUGAUACUGCAAGCGACGAAGGUGCACGUAAAGUAGGGGCAGGAGGUGCUGCAUCAGACGAUCCUACAGGUGGUGACGGCAAUUUAGAGCCUCGGUGUUACUAUCACCCGGGGCAGCUUGCUGCGGUCGACCUGACGGCUCCUGAGGAUGCUCAAGACGGCCCGCGCAGAAGAACGCUUGAUGGCCACUGUGGCUCUCCAAAGGAGCACCUCUACUAUACAUGCUGUAGGCGACGAGAAGAUGCAGUGGGAUGCCAGGCCGGGUCUCACGUAAGUGAGGAAGAGGCCCUGGCUGGAUUGCUACGGGGGCAAAGCGCGUCUGCGGGCGCUUGCAGCGAGGCUAGUGAGGGCUUACCAGCGGCGUCAUCCGUCACUAACAGCUCAUGUGUUCCCCUCGGAGGCGCGGCGACAGAGACACCAGAAGUUACGGAGCUUUUGAACAAGUGUAGCCGCGCGAAGUCUCAAGCGCCGCACCACGCUGGCGGUUCAGCUCUGCACCCUGUGGAGACUCGAGACUUGGACAAGCCGCGCGGCGACAGCCUCGAGUCCCUUCGUGCGAGCUGCCCGGGCUCUUCUUCCGUGGUUGAGCCGGCGCCCCUCAGUUCAGCUGCCAUCCCCGAACGGCAGACUGUGGAGGGUGACAGCCGGGAGAAUACGCGGGAUGUAGGCGGCGAGAGAGAGCCGCCUGCCGAACCGGCUUGCGGCGCGAUCUCAGCCUCCCUCAUCACAACGUCUUCCUUGUCCUGCCGCGCUGCGGACUCCCCAAACUGCGCCACGGCGGAGAUCGCUGGCGGCGAAUCCUUUUCGGAGUCUGGAUUCCAUGUUCCCCAAUACUCGGGUUCGACGGUUUGCUCGACGCCCCACCCGAGUAUUACCUACCCACUGGCUGUCCAGUAUUCACAACAACAGGCUGCACGUAGAAGUGCGGUGUGGCCUCCUGAACAUGCAGCUACGGCUCCAACCGAUAUCACAUCCGCGGCGCGUCAUGGCCCUUUUUCGGCCACGUUUGUUCCCACGUAUUCCGUAGGCGUGCAUCAAUCUGAAGGAGGUGCCUCGGGAACCGAUAGUGCAGCAGCGUCCAUGACGCUAGCGCUUUGUCAGUCCGCGGCAGCCGCUCCUCGUUAUCCGUUAGGUUCUCUUAUGGGGACAAUCCUACAAAUGCCUUUCGCGUGUCCGUUCUACUAUUUUCCUGGCACGCCUAUGCCGUCAGCAGGACCGCAUGGUGCAGCGCCCGCCAACUUUAUUGUCCCUGCCCGGCAGGCGCCAGCUGAGCACUCACAGGUCCUUCAUCCACAGCUCCAUGCCCAGCCGCAGCCUUCUGUGUAUGGCUGGGGGGCCUUGCCAGCAUCUUCGGCGAGCGCCGACGCGCCACAAACACAUCCGCAUGAAUCGCUCUUGGCUUGCACACCCAGUUCGCCGGCGUCGGAAUUAGCGAACGAGGACAACGGGGGUGCGGUCGGAUGCCCCUGGCUACACCCGGCGUCUGUUUCCUUGUGCGAACACGAAGCGCCACCAUUGUGUGUUCACUGGAUUAGUGAGCGACACCAUAACCUUCAUAACCAGUGUCUUUUACAAGAACAACAGUUCCAGUUUCAACAGCAACAUUUUCAACAAACGCGUGACCUUCCCCCCCUUGUAGUGAUACCGACUGUGCCUGCACCGCAAAACUCGGCUACGGGCGGUGCCCACUCAGCUGCGGUGGGUGAUCCCAUACGAGCAGCAGAGAGACCCCGCCUCACGCCUCGGUCUCAGGGUAACUGCGCUGACGUACAACAGAACGGAGUAACUGACGGGGAAGAUGUUCCACGACCAAGUGUUUCGGCGGCGGCAACCAGGGGAGCGGGAAGUCACACACGCGGAGAACCUCCCUCUCUGCUAGAGGGGAGGCGGACAGGCUCUGUGAAUGGUCAGACCGGGGAUGCUGGAAGGUAUUGUUCAGUUCCUGGUGAGGAACAGGCGUGUGCGAGUGGUCGCAGCCAUGCCGCUUCCGACAGCACGGGCCGCCCGGACGGAGCUCAGUGCGUGUCUCUGCGACGCCGGCGGUCUGCAAGGGGGGCAGAUUACUAUCAGCCUCACAUUCGCGUUGACUCUAUUGAGGCAAAGCAGGAGACGGCAGUCAACGUUGAGCAACCGGAAGCUCCAGUUUGCGGGAUCCAACUAUGUCGUGAACACAGCAUGGAAGGCGUCAGGUACACGUCUCCGAUCAAGGAGGAGCAGACGAACAAGCACACUAGCCCUUUGCAGGGAGGAUCGGCGUUUGUGAUGAAAGAAGGGAUGGUGGGAUGCCCGGACGAUAACACAAUGGAUCUGAAACGGAGUUGCCGGCAAUCGGCAGACUGUACGCAGUGGGGCUCAUGGCAGAGCGCAGAUAUUGAGGAUGCUCCUUCAUUGGAGUGCGGAGCGGUGGCAGGGGCUGUAGUGAUGCCUGAUGAAUCACUCACAGCGGGAGUUUUUGCAGAUUCUCAGACAGGGCGCAGUGUCCGGGUAGGUGGUUUGUCAGGUGAUGCCGAUCAGCAGGUGUAUUCCACGGAGGGACAGGAGACGCCUGCCACCUGCUGCCGCGUCCGAGAUAGGAGGGCAGGAGUUGAGAGAAGCAGUCGUGCAGGCGACGCUGUCGGAGAUGUUUCUAACGUGGCAAGCAGUUUUCCACGGGUAACGGAUGGGACUGCCGCGGCCCAAGGAAGAGACUCGGAGUCCUUACAGGAAGACGAGCACAAGGGACUGCGCGACGCUGUAAGUUCGCGCAUGCCUUGCAAGAGCUGCGUCCCACUGCUGAGUUUUACAAGACCCAGAUUUGCAGUUUCUGGCGAAUGGGGGUAUGUCGCGCCGGUCUUAGCUGUCGUCAUGCUCAUGGAGCAGAGGAGCUAA